UGAAUAUUAUCUCCCCUUUUGCUGUUUAGUUCAACAUUUUUGGGCUCAUAUUUUUUGUUACUUGUCAUCAUAUUCAAGAAACAUGGGAUGCGAUGGAGGAACAAUUCCUAGAAGAGACGAACUAGUUAGAACAAAGAAAAAACCGGAACAGAAAGAUAAAGUAGCUGAUUUGGCUGCAAAAUGGAAACUAUGUGCUAUUACACAGGAACCACUUAGAACACCAAUUAUGGGAUGUGAACUUGGAAGGCUUUAUAACAAAGAAUCUAUCCUAGAAUUCCUGAUUGACAGGAGCAAGUUUGAAAAUGCAUCUGGCUUUGCCCAUAUUAGAGGACUAAAGGAUGUUAAAGAAUUAAAACUGACAGACAAUCCAGCCUACCAAAAAGAAACAGCAAAGAAAGGAGAUUCAUAUAUAGACACACAAACAUCACCUUAUAUAUGCCCAGUUGUAGGACUUGAGAUGAAUGGAACAUAUAAAUUUUGUUUUGUAUGGAGUUGUGGAUGUGUAAUGUCUGAACGAGCUCUGAAAGAAAUAAAAUCUGAAAUAUGCCACAAGUGUGGUAAGCCAUAUUCCACAGAUGAUAUGGUUGUUCUGAAUGGUACGGAAACAGAUGUUGACGAGUUAAGGACAAACAUGGAGAAAAGACGAGAACUAGCCAAGCUUGCUAAGAAAUCAAAGAAAGCACAGAAGCACAAAGUUUCAGAUGAAUCACAAACAACAGAAAUAAAUGGUGAGUCUUCAAGUAAACAACCCAAAGUGGAGACAGCAUCUUCAAGUGCGUCAUCCAGUGGAAUUACAAAUGGAAAAUUGACCAAUGGAUUUUCAGAUAAGAAAAUCAAACUGCCCAAUAAAAUAUCGGAUUCCAAAUUGAAGAUGACCAAUGGAAAACAAGGAGACAAAGCAGAAAGUAUUCAGAAAGACUCCACUGCAACAGCAGUAUACAAAUCUAUAUUUACAUCAUCAAAAAAAGCAAAAAAUCAACAAUCUGCACACUGGGUUACAUAUAAUCCUUUUUAUAAUUAAAGGCCAAUUAUUUUUUUUUUAUGAUGAAAGUCCUGAAUGGUUGCAGUAUAAUAUGGUUAGGGAGUAUUACUAUGAAAAUCAGGAUCAGUGAUGCUUUCAUUUAUUGUAAUAUUUUGUUUUCUUAUAAAUCUCUUGAAUUUAAUUUUGUAAACUUAUUGGUAUCUGUAUAGAUGGUAAAAUCACUGUUGUAUACAUUAUAUAAACAUAUUAGCCGCUUGGUAUUCCAUUAUCAGAUUCACAUUAAAUUAAAGUUAAUAAUUAACUUAGAUUCAUUGUAGUUUAUAAAUUUUUUCCUGAAGAUGAUACUUGAAUGAUUUUGAUGAAAAAAUUUCCAACAAAUAAAAUAAAAGUUUUUAAUAUUGAUAAUAAUAAUAAUUGAUGAUUAUUAUAAUUGGAUCACAGUCACAGUGCAAUCAAUUUUCACUCAUAUAUAAAUAGUUUUAUGGAAAAAUAAUGUGAAAUUUUUAAUGCAAGUUUCACCCAAAUUCAUCCAAAACAGACAUGGAUCUGUUUACACAUACAAAUCUAUUUUAUGUAUUUCAUGUAUUUUUAGGUUCACUUUAAAACAUUUUUAUAUGACCGCAAAAAAUGUUUGCGGUCGUAUAUUGGUAUGACGUUGUGUCGUUGUCGGCGGCGGUGCGUCCGAAGACACAUUGGUUUUCGCACAAUAACUUUAGUUUGAGUGAACGGAUCUCUAUGAAAUUUUACCAUAAGGUUCAAUACCACAAAAGGAAGGUUGGGAUUGAUUUUGGGGGUUAUGGUACCAACAGUUAAGGAAUUAGGGGCCAAAAAUAAGCAUUUUUCUAGUUUCCAGACAAUAACUUGUGGAACGGUGUAUGGAUCUCUCUGAAAUUAUACCACAAGUUUCCAUACCACAAAGAGAUGGUUAGGAUUUGCUUUGGGGGGGUUAUGGCUCAAACCGUUUAGGAGUUAGGGGCAAAAAAGGGGAAAAAACAAGGGUGUCCUGGUUAAUGGACAAAUACUUUAGUACAAAACAUAAUUUAAAGCAGUGUAAGGGAGGUAAUUCAAAUGCAUUUGAAUUAUCUCCCUUACUCUGCUUUUAAAUUAUGUAUAAAGUAAUGGUUAAUGAACAAUUAAGACAAUUUAAAAGCAGUGUAAGGGAGGUAAUCCAAAUACAAUGUUUUGAUUACCUCCCUUACACUGCUUUUAAAUUAUGUUUAAAGAAAUGCAUAUUUAUAAAGGAAGACCAGUAAAAAUAUCUGCAAAUGUUGCAUUUUUAUUUU